UUUUUUUUAUUGUGAUGCAUGUAGGUGGAUGGCAUAAAUAAGUUUGAUAUUUUGCUUAAUAUUAUUCAAGUUUUGAGCGACUUGGACCUCAUAAUCUCCAAGUCAUAUAUUUCAUCUGAUAGUGGUUGGUUUACAGACAUAUUUUAUGUCACCCAUCCUCAAGGGCAUAAAAUAAGAGACUCAACUUUUAUAAGGCAUAUACAACAAUCCCUUAUUGUUGCUGCCCAAAACCAAAGCGGAUCCUCCAAUCCAACACAAGUCAAAAUUAGUGAUGACAACAUAGUCGUCGUUGACCAUUUUGCCUCCGACUGCACCGCCCUUGAAAUAACUUUUUUUGAUCGACCAGGUAUUUUCUCUCAUAUUGCGAACGUGCUCUUUGAGCUAUCAUAUUUUAUGGAAUCAGGAGAAUUAUGGUCCUACAAUGGACAUGUUGCUUGCAUCCUAUAUUUAAAGGAAGAAAGCACGCGUCAACCUAUCAUGAAUCCAAUUAGAUGUAAUUACUUAGUGAACCGCUUGGCCAGUGUUUUGAGAAUACAACACUCCCCGAAUGAGCUAUGGACGGUGAGACUAAAUGACUCUACAUCAUGUCGGAUUCAUACUGAACGACGACUACAUCAGUUGAUGGAUAUGUACACAUGUAUCGAUGUUAGUGAAAAUAGCAAAGAGGUGUGCUUGCCGCAUGUGUUGAUUGAAAGUUGGAAAGAUGUAAACUACAUAGUUAUCAAAAUGAGGAGUAGCGAUAGACCUAAGCUCAUGUUUGAUGUGGUGUGUGCUCUAACAGAUCUUGAUUAUAACAUAUUUCGUGGAUCCAUUAUCUCCCAAGAUUCAGUAGCAUAUCAGGAAUAUUUUGUGCGCCGGACAAAUGGGUACAAGAUGCUGAAUGAAAUGGAAAAACAAAGUUUAAUUCAAAGUUUGAUAGGUGCUAUUGAACGGAGAAUAUCUCGAGGGCUAAAGAUGAAAGUGCGUAAAUUGGACCGUCAUGGUCUGCUAUCUAAUGUGACCACGACAUUAAGGGAGAAUAGUUUGUCACUCGAGAAGAUGAAAUUCACCACUGAGGAUGACUUGGCAGUUGGUUAUUUCUAUAUCAGUGAUGCCUCAUCUUCCACAAAUGCCAAGGAAAUUGAUCAGCAAAGGCUAGAGGCAGUGUGUAACGAGAUUGGUCGAGGUGUCUACUUUGAAAAAAAGAUUAAGGAGUGCAUCACUAGCCCGCCAGCUCAUGAGAAGAAUGUAUUUUCUUUUAUUCGCUCUUUGGGAAAGAGCUUGUGGUUUCAUAUCAAACGUUUCUUUAGCAAUUUCAGAUUUGUGAGAUAGAUUUUUAAUUCUAUAGUUUAUUAAUGCCUCUUUUUUGAACAAAUAUUUGUACUUGUUCUAAUGAUUUUAU